UAGGCGAUCCUCUCGCCCGCUCGACUCGAUUCUCGCCGGCUGCCGCAGCGUACAGCGGAGCGCGCGCGCGCGAUAGAGAGAGAGAGAGGGAGAGUGGGGCGGCCCACCGCGAGCUCUUUCAUCCGUCAACUCGCACAUGCAGUCCUGCAGACGACCGGGGAGCCUACAGCCCACCGGUAGGCAGCCUCCUCGCCAAGUGCAGAGCCGCGAGCGCGCAGUGCGCCCGAGCUUUCGGCCGCGCAGCCGCUGCCAGUGAGCUGCACCAGAUUCGCCGCCGCGGAGUCGCGAGCACGUGGCUGUCGACGCGCCGAGACUCGAUCCGCUCUCGGGCGGGCCGCGGGCCAGGCGGGGAGCAGGUGGUCGCGUGCAUGGUCCGGCGCGCGCCGCGCCACACUUUUCGUUUUCCGUUGCCGCGGCGGUCAGCCGUGCCGAGAUGCUGCUGUGGGGCCUGUGGCUGCUGGCGCUCGCGCGAGCCGCAGCGGCGGGCAGCUGCGCCGAGUUCAAGCUCUGCUGUCCGGGCCGCGACUCGGCCUGCGUCGUGCAGAAGACCUCGCCCAACGCCAUUCUGCAGAGCUUGAGCGAGAAGCCUUGCUACUGCGACCACGCGUGCCUCAAGCUCGGCGACUGCUGCUCCGACUUCAAGGAGGCUUGCGGAGUGCUGGACUGCGUGGUGUCGGGCUGGGGACCAUGGACGGGCUGCGACAGCGAGUGCGGCCCGGGCGCUCAGUCGAGGACACGGCUGGUGGAGCGGGCGCCCGAGAACGGCGGCAAGCACUGCCCGCAGCUGGUGCAGCAGCGCGGCUGCCAGGGCACCAAGUGUCACAGGCGUAAUCCCAAGUCGGCCAUCAAAGAGGUCGCGCUGCUGCUGCCCGCCGAGCUGGGAGACGUUCGACAUGCCAACGACAGCAGCGACAUCAGGACGAAUCUUCGUCUGCAGUACCAGAACGAUCCCGAGCACGACGUCACCAAGGAGUACUGCGUGACGUUCACGAUAACGAAGGCGACCAAGGCCUGCUACAAGGAGCCCAGCCUGUCGAAGCUCUCGGAAGGGGCACGAGUGUGCGUGCACUGCCAGACGCAGGCGUUGCGCCGAGCGCUGGACUGGCGAUGCGAGGGCGACGGCGGCAUGGACGCGAUGAUCACGAGGUGGAGCAUGCUCAGCUCGGCUCACUGCCACGGCAAGUGGAUGCGCACCAAGAAGACCGGUGCCGAGUGCGACGCGGCUCUCUGCCAGCCCCAGGCGCACUUCAUAUUCGUCUAGAUCGAGGUCGCCGUUGUAGUCGCGGCAAGCCGGCCCACACGCUCGUCCUGCGGAGAGCAGGCCUUUAAUCCCUCCGGUCUUCGCUUUCGAUGUUGCUGGAUCACGACAAUACUCACGGCAACAUUCGACUCGAACGAUCGCCAAAGUCUCUGCGCGAGAACCCGCGAGGCUGGAUACAGGGAACGAGCAGCCUGGCAGUCAUCUCUAUUUGUUUCUGUAUCGAUGUGUUAUUGUUAAGUAAAAAAGCUUUGUCUCUCCGUCUUACUUCAUUCAUUAACAUUCUAACGAAAAUCUUUCCCUGCGUGGGCUAUUAUACGACGAAGAUGGAAUCGCUCGGUAGCCUUGUUCAAUGUUUUCAAGUGGUCCAAACUUCGCGGGGCCCAUGACGAUUACUGCCCAUUAAUAUGAAUAGGUAUUGGAUCGCUUAUCAGUUUAUUCUCACGUCAUGCUUUUUUUUAUAUUAUAUUUUUAUAAACACUGUUAAUAAAACUCGAAACAUCAAUUAGGCAAAGAAAUACUUGCUUGUGUAGUAAACGAUGAAAAACAAAUGAAACAUAGCGCUAUUCAAAUGUUAGAAGAUUGACUUUAUGCGUACCUAGCUCUAAUUUUGCAGUAAACAAGUUGAAAACAAUGACGUUUGUAAAAAUAUAAAAUAAAGAAUGAAUCAAGAGCGAAAGAGAGUAUGUCAGCAAGUGAGACAAUUGAUUAUGGUAUGUUCCAACGAGGAACUGUACCGAUGAAAAAUCCCCAAAUCAAAUCAAUUGAUUUUUGGCGUGUAUGGCGAUCACCUGAAAAGCGAAAAAAAGUUCGUUUGUACGUAAGUUAUUUUAUAAAUUGAUUCCACAUAUCAAAGAUCGUAUUUUAUAGAAGAUAAGUAAUAAAGGAUUCAAGUAUUCGCAAGCUUUGUUUAUUAUAUCUCCAUGAACGAUAACGUAAA